AUGUCACAAAGCAAGAACAUUGCCCCAACGCCGACCGAGGGUGACCUCGACCGCGCGUCGUCCUCCUCCGCGCCUGCGAAUUCUCCAUCCGCAGUCUCCGCUGCGCAACAGAGCGACAAUAUCGCCCAUGCAUUGGCUGGCGCAGGAGGAGGCCUACUCGCCAUGACCUUGACAUACCCUUUGAUCACGCUCUCCACCCGCGCUCAAGUCGAGUCGAAACGCGCAGAUACUUCCACACUGGCGGCUGUGCGACACAUCAUCAACCGCGAAGGCGUCAGCGGACUCUACGCCGGCCUUGAUAGCGCGCUGUUCGGUAUCUCGGUCACCAACUUCGUUUAUUACUAUUGGUACGAGUGGACCAGGUCGAGCUUUGAGAAGGCCGCUUUGAAAGCCGGACGGGCCAGCAAAAAGCUCACGACUGUGGAAAGCAUGAUCGCAGGAGCAAUCGCGGGCUCGGCGACUGUAUUGCUCACAAACCCCAUUUGGGUCAUCAACACAAGGAUGACGGCUCGCAAGAACGAAGAUGGUGAAGGCGAAUUGCCAGGUGGUGAGAAGAAACCCACAAAGGCGCCCAGUACCAUUGGUACGCUUUUGAAGUUGCUGAAAGAGGAGGGCCCUCGUGCUCUCUUCGCUGGGGUCCUACCAGCAUUGGUACUGGUCAUCAACCCAAUCCUCCAAUACACCAUCUAUGAGCAAUUGAAGAAUGUGCUCGAAAAGAAGAGGAAGGUGGGCCCCCGGGAUGCCUUUUAUCUCGGAGCCUUGGGAAAGCUGCUUGCCACCACUAUUACAUAUCCAUACAUCACUGUCAAGUCGAGAGCGCAUGUCGCUACAAAGGAUCAACCCCACGAGGGAAUGUGGAAGAGCUUGAAUAAGAUCGUGAAGGAUGAGGGUUGGGGUGGACUUUACAAAGGAAUUGCGCCCAAGGUCAGCCAGAGUGUCUUGACGGCUGCCUUCCUCUUUGCCUUUAAGGAUGUCCUGUAUGACAUGACCGUGGCAGCAAGGCGGAAAGCAAGAGCCGUCAAGGCAUAA